AUGGAAUCUGAAAAAACAAAGAUGGAGAAUGAAAAUUUGUGGAUGAUCCCUGAUUCUGAGAGUUAUUCAGUGGACUCACACACAGAAAAAGGUAGAACAUCGAUAUCUAAAGUACAUCUGAUACAGGUUGAUGAAAGAGAAAAACCAAGAAUUAAGAGAUAUAUGAUGGACUCUGAUUCUGAACCAAGUGAGACAGACUCAGAUUCAGAAAGAUGUGAGUUAGCCUCAGCAGCUGUGAAAUAUUUCAUGGAUACAAAAACAUUUCACGAGAGCAGUACUAGCAACCAGUUCCCAAAGGAUUCAUGGUCUGAAAGUAGAACAAUAAACUCAGACUCUGAAAGCCCUGUGAUGUCUCCUGAUUCUAUGAAAUACAUGAAGAAAGCUGAAACAUGCAAAAGUACCUGUAAUUUGGAAAGACUCAAGGUGGCUCACAAGACUGAGUCUCUACAGGACUGGUUAGAUGCUAAAAGAAAACAAUUAGAAUCUGAUAAUGCUGGAUACUGGGAUAGCUCCGGAAAAUAUCAGUUUAAGUCUAUAGUGCCUCAACAGAGUUUUGGAAAGUGUCAGGGUGACCUUCAAAAGUUUCAGCGUAUAACUGAAAAAAAUGAAGUAGGCUCCAGUUCUGAUAAACAUCAGACACAAUUUGGAUACGAAAGAGAUCAAAAUGAACCUGAAAGUAAAAGACAACUCAUCAAGACAGAGAAGGGAUUAGACAAUGAGGGGUUUCAAAUGGACGAGGAAAGAGAAGGAUAUCUCGUGGAGUCUGACAGUCGUGAUUCAGAAAAUGAGGCACACCUUCUAGAAGCACACCGGCUUGGUGCUCGUAGAAAGGAGAAUCGUCCUCCAGGGUUUUGGAGGCCCAUUACCCUGCCUCCUAAGCUUGCGCAGGAAAAGAAAACUGAAGAGCAAAAGUCUGUUAAGCAAAAAGAUAACAGAGUUUCUAGAAUUCAGCUAACAAGAUACAAGAGUGAAGACAAAAAUGUGAGAUUCACAGAGCCAUCUUCAAGUCUCAGUGACAAGGAACUCUCACAAGAAAAGUUAAAGGAAAAGCACAGCUAUAGCUUUUCUCCAGAUUCUCACACAUUCACAGAUGAAAAGCAUCACAGAAAAGCUAGCCGAAAAACAUCUGUCUAUAAGCGCCAUUGCAAAGAAUAUAGAUAUUCCCAUAGUUGUGAAAGUUUGAAGUAUCAAACCAGUCCCAUUCCUCUAAGUUUUGAGACUUGCACCUCUAAUGUAUCAUCAUUUGUUGGCAGCCCAACUUCUAAAAGUCCUAAGUCUGUCACAAGAAAGAAGACCCGAAGAAGUAUUACAUACUCCCCAGAAUUGGGACCUCAGAAAUGUACUAGAUGUUUUAUGGAAAUCAGUAACACUUCUUUUCAUAAAUGCCUCAAGAAUUCUGAUGAUUCUGACUCUGACUCUCCAUCGCAUGGCCAGAUUUCCUCACAUUCUAAAUAUUCUCUGCGCUCUAAAACUAUCAGACACGUCAAGACUUCUCGAAAUCGCCCUUUAUCUCAAUCCCUGGAUCCUCAGCAAUCUGUGGUCAGCCGCUGCUCUCUGCACAGGGAAGAUUCUAAAUAUUCUAUAGAUUCCACUUCUUAUUUACAUUGUGAAAGUUGUUCAGCUCUCCAAAACCUUAAGGGCUCUUCAGUUACACACACCAUUUCUAAGAACACUAAGAAAAUCAUGGGCCAACAUAGUACCCAUGGCGACAUAAUGUCAGCACCUGUGAGUUUGUCUCAGAGUGAAAGCAAGUUCAACCUUACUGCCCAAACUCAAAAUAAGGAUACUCCUGAUGACAGUGAUACUAUAUUUAUCAGUGCUAGAAAUAUCAAAACUGAGGCUAAUGUUGAAGAUAAACUUCUUUCCAAAGAUGAGACAGACCAUGAAGAUGAGACAAAUACUGAAGAUGAAACAGAUGGUGAAGAUGAAACAGAUACAGAAGAUGAAGAUGAUACCAAAGAUAAGAAAGAUCCUAAAGACAAAUCUGACCCUGAUGGCAGUGAUCCCAAAGAUGGCAACUCUGAAAAUAAUACUGAUAGCAACAAUGGGUCUCAACCUAGUGGUUCUUCUGGACCUAUGGGUGGACCUGAUUCGAGCAAUGAUGGUGACUCUAAAAAUGUAACUGAUCACAAGAGUGAAUCUGACCCUACCAUUGAUAAUGCUACCAACAGUGAUGUUAACUUGAAAUAUAGCACUGAUGCGAAAUGUACCAACAAUUUAAACAAUGCUUCAGAUCUGGCAGAAUAUUUCAAAUAUCAAAAUAAUGCUGACAUCAAGGGUAGCACAAACCCAGCCUCUGGAAACAAAAUCAGAACUGUAGUGGACUAUAUUUCUGGUGUUGACAAUCAGGACACUGGCCCUAGAAAUGUUAUAAAAGGAAAUAUUGCUUAUGCUGAGAAUAUUAGAUUGCUUUCCAACAAUCAUCAAAAUAAUUUCAUUAAAAAUGGGAGUGACCCAAGCAGCAACCCAAGCCCCCCAAACAGUUACAGGAUUCCAAAAGACCUUGACUCUAAUUCUAAUAUCAAUCCCAGUAAUGCUACUAACAAUAUUGUUAACCGUAACUAUGGCACAAAACCCAUGAGCACUGCUGUUUACAAACAGAUGACUGCCCUAAACUAUUACUCAGACAUUAAUAAUGUCACAGGGUUUACAUAUAAAAUAAGGUCAAGUUUUGUAGUCAAUUCAAACUAUUUUGACAGAAAGAAAUAUGGUGCUAGACCCAGCUUUGUACUUCACACUAUUGAUGCUGUUGAUACUCAUAAUGUUACCAUCUGUACUAGUGCUAUUAACUAUGAGUUUACUGCUAAAAAAGCCUCUGCCCUAGACACUAAACAUUUUCCUAGAUUCAUUCUUUUUAAGAGUUUCAAUGUUAUCAUCAGCCCAAAGUAUAAUGCUAAAAAUAUUCAGAAUGCUAAUAAUUCUACCAGUAUCAGCAAUAUUAACAAUCUACCUGCCACUGAAUUAGAAAUAAAUUCCAUAUUACCUGUUUUUAAAUUCACAUAUGGAAAUAUCCCAGAUUUUAUUGCUGGGACAAACUAUCCUGAUUUUUUGUUAACCUCAGAAUUUUAUGAAGCCCUUGAGCUUGGUAGAGCUUAUAAAAUUUUUGAUACCCAAAAUAUUGGUGCUCCAUUCCAAGAUUCUGCUGGAUACAUGGACUCUGAUAAUUCUACAUAUGCCACUGGGUCCAUAGAUGCCCUUGAUGCCAAAGAAUCUGGCUUUUUAAAAGAUAUUUCUAGGAUCCAGACUACAAUUGGCAUCAAGGAUCCUUCUUCCCCUUUCAAGGUUCUUUCCAAACAAAAUAUUACACUCCCUAGUUUCGAUGUUAUAGUGGAAGCUGAACUGCCAGAUAUUGUGAAGUUUACUGUAUCAUCAGGUGCUGUGAAUCAAUUAUUUGAGCUCAGACUCCAAACAGGUAGCAGACAAAUGUUCACCUUUGAUUAA